AUGUCUUUCUUUGGCCAGAAUCCGUCUGGUCAAGGUGCAUCCGGCAGUAAUCUUUUCGGAGGAUUGAAUCUUAAUACUGGUACUGAUCCUCAAGCUAAACGGAAGUCCAUUUUUGAUGCCUCAACAUCACAGUCAAAUACGCAAGGGACCAACCAGCCAUCCACUCAACCAGCAAUACUAGGCGGCCUCAACACUGGUGCGUCGGCACCUCCAAGCGGUGGUCUCUUCAAUCUCGGUGCUCCCCCCAAGACAAGCGCUCCAGCAUUCUCCUUCGGAAACACCACAACCACAACUGCGCCUGCUUCCACUGGUUUAUUCGGAACGGCACCGACUGCUGGGACCUCGCAACCAGCAGCGACAUCCUCUCUCUUUGGCGGUGGAUCAUCAUUCUUUGGUGCACCUGCUUCCAAGCCAGCACCAACCCCAUCCGCUUUGGGUGGUGCGAAUACCCAGCAGUCUGCUGCAGGAAGUACAUUUGGUCAACCAGGCGCCCAACAACCCGAAACCGGCCUUCCACAAAAUCGAGAUGCAGGAUAUUUCAGCAGUCUCCUUGAAAGACAGAAAAAAAAACCUCGUUUAAAGACGGAUAACAAUGGAGGAAGUGGCCCGCUCUCCGGGCUCAACAUGGACUUGGGCGACCUGGCGAGGCGUGCGCAAGAACUUAGAAGCCGCAGUUCGAAGUCGGGCGAGUCCCUCAACGACGGUCGAGCACAUUAUUUGCUAGCUGGAUCAGGUGUGGCUCCUGGACAGGCAUAUAGAGACUUCCAAGCUCUAGGCAGCGAAGAUACUACCGCAGCCUCAAGAGCGCAAGCACAGGACUUUGCUGAGGAAUCAAGCACAUACCUGAGAGGUCUCCGAAUAAAAGGCCGUGAAGCUUUACUACGAGAAGGCAUGAAUCGUGUGUAUCGAGAAGUCGAUAGUUUUAUCGAGGAAAGCCUUGGCGUGGACUUUGAAGACCAGAAGCUCAGAAUUAUGGAACACUUUGGCUUAGUCCUCCCAGAAGAUGGCGCAGAGCCAGGCGACUCAGGGAAAGCUGGGGGCGCCUUUGGUAGAUCUAAAAGACGCGGGAAGGAGGACGGAAGCAAGACUUCACAAGCUGCAAGAAGCGUCUUUGGUCGUUCGGCACUCGAUAAAUCGAUGAUCGGUACUCCAGGCUCAGCUGCUGGCACUUCAUCCUUCUUUAAGAGUGAAGGGGCAGCGUCGGCAACGACUAAUCUUCUCCGAGGUCAAAGUCUUCGUGGCCUGAGAGAAAAGGAGAAGGCUUUUGUCACCAAAACCGAGCAACUCAAUCAAGCUAGGCGGAAAGGAGACGCUUUCCCUAUACUAGAGGCUUUCGGUGAGGUUGAAGACCAGAAUCUUGGUGAUAGCCCGCGACAAGUUUUAGAUGCCUACCACGCUCUACGAGAGAUUACUAAGGAAAAUUCGCAAGCCGUCAAAGAGCGGCGGUACGCAGAAGCAUAUCUGGACGAGUCCAGCACUUCGGCCAGAAACUUCAGUCUGAGGAAGCAAAUCCUUGAAGGUUCACGCAGUUACCUCGAGAAGGCUUUCUGGCGCGACGUGAGGUCUCUGAUUGAGAAGAAUGCAAGAGAGGCAGCGUUGGGUGGUCAACCAAGCAUCAUUAAUAUUAUCCGUGCUUAUAUACGCCUAAGAGCGGCAAGACGAGACUUAGCCCCUGAAACCGUGGAGCUAUCACGGACAGGCGAGAGUGGGGACUACUGUUGGGUUCUCAUCUUCUACCUCCUUCGAUGCGGCUUUGACAAAGAGGCUGCUGAUUAUGUCAAUAAUGAUGCUGCAUUCCAGUCAACUGACAAGAAGUUUGUUUCUUACCUGACAGCAUAUGCGAGCAGUCCUGAUAGACGUCUAAGCCGCAAACUACAGGAGAUGAUCGAUGGCGAGUACCAACAAAGACAGAGACAUAGUGCCAAGGGUACACUCGAUCCAUACCGAAUGGCUUGCUACAAGGUCAUUGGUCGCUGCGACCUUGCACAAAGAAGUAUCGAGACAGUUGGCCAGGGUGUAGAAGACUGGCUGUGGUUUCAGUUUGCAUUGGCUCGAGAGACGGAGCGAUUUGAAGAGAUUUCAGGAGAGCUUUACGGAUUGGAGCAGAUUCGUGAAGCCUUCGCUGAAAUCGGACAGAAACACUUCCAGAAGAGUCAGGUUGACAGUGCGAAUGGGUAUGGAACAUAUUUUAUGAUGCAGAUACUGGGAGGGAUGUUCGAACAGGCUGUCGAUUACUUGCACAACUUUAACCCAGUCAGUGCAGUUCACGUUGCCAUAGCGCUUUCGUACUAUGGUCUCCUUCGGGUAUCGGACUACACAGUGGCAGGCAAUGAACUUUUGACUUAUUCGACCACGCAACAGCCCCUUCUCAAUUUUGUACCUCUGCUUGCUUAUUACACCGGGGCAUUCCGAACAGCACUUCCUGUUGCUGCAGUCGAUUAUCUAUCCUUAAUCUGCAUCAAUGCAGAUCUUAAGCCGGCCAGCCUGGGCAUGGCUCACACAAACGCUUGCCAUGAAUGCUUGCGAGAGCUUUGCCUGGAAACACGUGAGUUUGCUAAACUCCUGGGGGACAUCCGGAGCGACGGGACGCGGAUCCCAGGAGAGAUCGAAGUUCGGGCAAAAUUGAUCAAGCUCAGUACUCGAGAGGAAUUCCUACGAUCGAUCACCAAACAAUCAGCUGCAACGGCCGACCAGAGAGGCCAAAUUGCCGAUGCGGUAUUAAUGUACCAUCUUUGUGAGGAUUAUGACGAUGUUGUCAGCGUGCUCAACAGAGCUCUUGCGGAUGCAGUGACGCUUGACCUAGGAGAGUCGCCCAUGCAGUUGCAGCCACUAAAGCCGCGCCGUCUGGAAGGAAGAAGUGGAUCAUCCGCUAGCACACAAGCUGACGGGCCUCAGUCCUCUCUCUCGUUGACUCAAUCGACAUCUUCACCUGUGGACCUUGCGCGAAAUAUGAUUUCACUCUACAACGACAAUGCAGCGUAUGUGAACAAGAUUUCGCCGACCAACCGAGAAACCUGUCGCGUGCUGCUUAAGCUUGUCUCUGCACGAGCUCACCUUGAAUCGAAUCCUCCGCGAUACAUGACGGCGCUUGAAGAAUUGAAUGACCUUGCCGUCCUACCAUUAUCUGCUGGCGGCUCCAUUCCAGUCAUUCGGUCUCUCGCAACUAAAUUUGGAAGUUUGUCUCAACUACUUGCUCGAUGUAUCGGAGUUAGUGUGGUGUGGGCAGUGCGCGCUAUUGGUGGAGAGCGGGACAACAUUGCACGAAAUGGUAGAUGGGAAGCAGGUUAUGAUGGUGAUGUGGACGGUAUGAAAGAUCAACUUGGUGACAUGGCUAAGGACUUGAUGGUGUUUGCGGGACUGGUGAAAUAUAAAUUGCCAGGACGGGUUUAUGACAUGUUAACACGUGCUGGAGGUGAUGUGGGCGGCUUCUAG